AUGCAGUUGAAAAUGAGGCUAGCACGUUGCUGCUUUGGCGAGAACAUCCUAAUAAAUCAGUGCCUGGUUUAUGAGCGUGGUCACUGGUACAUGUGGAAUGGUUUAGUUUACAGUCCUCAGCUGUUGAUUGCUCCCCUCCGGUUUGGACAUCUAAGCGUGGCUCACAUCUUGCUGGAGAAUGGUGCUGAUCUCAACGCGCAGAAUAAGUUAGGAGCCAGUGUCCUCACAAUGGCCUCCAGAGGUGGCCAUGUCAGCAUGGUGAAAUUGUUGCUGGAAUCUGGAGCUUUUGUAGACAAUUACGACCAUUUUAGCACGAGUGUACUUAACAGCAGCAGAGACGACCUUCCCGAUAUCACUCCACUAAUGGCAGCUGCUCAGCAUGGACAUGAGGCAGUGGUACAUCUGUUAUUAGACUGGGGAGCUGAUUGUAAUUACACUGUGAAGACUAUGGGCUGGAGUCCUUUAAUGCUGGCAGCUGUUAGUGGAAAGGUGAGCUUGGCACAGCAGCUUAUGGAGAAAGGUGCCAAUCCUGAUCACCUGAACGUACUACAUAAAACGCCUUUUGAAAUCUCUGUUGGCUUCAAACACAAAGACAUGAAGGACUACCUGGAAUCUCUCACAACGAUCAGACCCCAGGCAGAUACAGAAAAGAGGCAACCUGAUGUCUUUCAUGCUUUGAAAUUGGGAAACUUUCAGCUGGUUAAAGAGAUCAUUGAUGAAGACCCAAGUCAGGUCAAUAUUACCAAUGUUGAUGGUGCGUCUCCAUUAAUGAUCGCGGCUGUAACUGGACAGCUGCUCCUUGUUCAGCUCCUUGUUGAGAAAAAUGCUGAUAUUGACAAACAGGAUAAUGUUCAUGGCUGGACAGCACUAAUGCAGGCCACAUACCACGGAAACAAAGAUGUUGUAAAGUAUUUGUUAAAUCAAGGCGCUGACGUCAAUCUUCGUGCAAAAAAUGGAUACACAGCUUUUGACCUGAUAAUGCUGCUGAAUGAUCCAGACACAGAGCUUGUACGGUUACUGGCAUCAGCAUGCAUGCAAGUAGACAAAGACAAGAAUAAACUGAACAACAGAUCAUCUUUGCCUUGUUCCAGAAGUAGGCAAUCCUUAAACGUCCCAAUGUUGCCAGAUGACAAAGGAGGUCUAAAGUCCUGGUGGAGCAGGAUGUCCAAUCGAUUCCGCAAGCUGAAGUUGACUCAGACAUUGCGCCAUGGAUUUCCCUCCAAUCAGUUUGUGCCUUUUCCUGAUGAGCCUGAACCAUCAUUAAAUUCCACCAUAAAAGCAAUUUCACAGAGCGAUACAGACACCUCUGGAAACCUUGAUGCUGCUACAUCUCGGAUCACAAAUAACAAAGCUGGUGGUGUAAACACUGCAAAAGGAGGAAAGGAUGAUGAAUUAUUGACAACCAUGUUGAGAAGUAGUGCUCCAUUUACCAGGCUGCCCAGCGAUAAACUGAAAGCAGUGAUACCGCCUUUCUUACCGCCCUCAAGUUUUGAGCUUUGGAAUUCUGACCGAACACGACUCAGCAAAGAUGGCAAAGCUGAACAGAUGAGAACUGCCUGGCCACAGAGAGCGAUCAAGCACGAUUUUAACAGCAGUGGGAACUCUGAUACAACAUCUGUUAGCAAAGGAACUAGACCAGUCAAAUUACCAACAUUUGCAAGAAGACCUGCAUCUCCUUCAAAUUCCAACAACUUCAACCAUUCUCCCCAUUCUUCUGCUGGAUCCAAUAACAUUGCAGGAAUUAACAGGCAUGGAGGAGAACUGCAUAACAGAUCAGGUGGCAGUGCAGAUAAUGUUUUGUCUCAGAUUGCAGCCCAGAGAAGAAAAGCAGCAGGCUUACCUGAACAGAAACCCAGCCAACAGCAUAGUCCAGUCCAGUCAACUCCUUCAUCCACUCUGUCUGAUUUACAGUGUGCUCAAAUUGUUGGCAACGGGCAUGUUGUAAAGCAAAAACUGGAGAUGAACAAAAGACCUCCAUCUGGGACUUCAUCUACGUCUAAAAGCACAUCACCAACUCUCACACCUUCCCCAUCACCCUCCCCGUCUCCUAAGGUUCACAACGCAGAGUCCUCUCUCUCUUCUUCUCACAGACAGGCCAAGAGCAAUGGUUCCAGCAGUGGUACUAUUACAGAAGAUGGCAACCACUUGGUGGACCAUCAACAGCUUGUCCCUAUUCUGAGAACCAGUGAUGUGGAGAAUCAUGAAAGACGAAACCAUGCGAGAAUAAAAGGAGGCUCUGAAAACUUGGAGAAAGAUGAGCUGACUGGCAUCCUUAAAAAAUUGUCACUUGAGAAAUAUCAGCCUAUUUUUGAGGAACAAGAGGUGGAUAUGGAAGCCUUCCUUACACUUACUGAUGGUGAUCUGAAAGAGCUGGGUAUUAAAACCGAUGGAUCAAGGCAGCAAAUUUUGGCAGCUAUUUCUGAACUGAAUGCAGGAAAGGGACGAGAGAGACAGAUUUUACAAGAAACUAUACACAACUUCCACUCUUCCUUUGAAAGUAGUGUUAGUAACACACGACCUCCAGGUCAUUCCCAGUCACCUGGCUGCUCUAUAAAACCACAAGAAGCUGUUUCUCCUAAAAGGUAGCUACUGGAAAAAAAGAUUUUUUUCUUAUGGUGAAGUUUUGCAUCUAGCUGAGUAAAUCCAAGUGUACAAAUGAAAAUUUGAAAAGUUAGUCCUGACUACACCUGUAUAGGACUUUCUGCAGUAAUGUACCUAAAAUUUGAAUCCAACGCAGAAUCAAAGAAAAUAAUAAAGAGAUUGCUUUUAUAGUUCAGCCUAAGUGUUGAAUUGUUCAAGACGUCAGUGGUCUGGAUUUGAGAAGAACGAAGUCAGAAGAGCAGGAAGAAUGAAUGACCAUAUAAGAAGAUCGAUGUUUUCAUUCUACUCUUGCCCAUAGAUGAAGAACCCAUAGGAGGCCUACAAGGACACAGUCAGGAACAACAAAAGCAUGGAAGAAGGCAUGAAAACCACCACGAAUUAUGAGAGCUUCUACAUGGAGAAAUAUAUAAACCGAAUAUGCCUCUAUUGACUGGAUACAGAUAAAGGAGUCCAAAUGGAAAAUGUAAUGGUUUCAUGAGAAGGAAUAUAAAGGAGAAGGAAUGCUGCGUUCUUCAUUAACCAACAUACACUUUAUCUAUUCAAUAUUAAGAGGUUAGAACAGCAGUGAAAGUAAAUAUGAAAUACCUAUUUGUAAAAAUAGCACUUUAUUUAAGGAAAUGCAUAAUCUGUCACCAAUAUUUAAACAGAAAUAGU